AACACCCAGCCUCCAGUUCUCAGCUGGGGCAAGUGACAGCAGCACUAAGAGAGUCAAACUCCUGCUAAACUCUUAGGUGAAUUACCCCUGUAAAGCGGGACAUUUGACCACCUGUGAACCAUGGCAGAAAACGGGUCCCACGUCGAGGGCAGCAGCGUCACCGGCAGCACACACACCAUCCCGCAGCAGCAGCCCGAAAACAUGGAGAUCCUCAUCCCGAGCCAUAGCCUAUCUUCUUCCCCGUCCUCCCCGACCGGGACUCUCUCCCGGCUGGGCUUCAAAAUGCCCACCAGUCCCACCGCGGCCGUGCCGGGCAGCCCCGUAGCCGGCGGCCAGGUGAGUGCUAUCACAGUGGUGGCGCUGCUCGACAAGCUUGUGAACAUGCUGGAGGCGGUGCAGGAGAACCAGCAGCGCAUGGAGCAGCGGCAGGCCGACCUGGAGGGCGCCGUGCGGGUCGUGCAGGGCGACGUGACCCGCCUCUCCAAGACCCACCUGAACACCUCCAACAGCGUCAGCAAGCUGCUCGAGCGCUCGCGCAAAGUGAGCGGGCACCUGAAGGAUGUGAGGGAGCGCAUGGACAAACAGGCGGUGCAGGUGAAGAAGUUGGAGGCCAACCACAGCCACCUGCUGAGGAGGAACCACUUUAAAGUGCUCAUCACCCAGGAAGACCAUGAGAUCCCCACCAGCGUGUUAGUCAAGGGCUCCAUCAGGACCCCCCAACCAAGCCUGUAUGAUGCAGACUCCAUCCUUCCUGCUCCGUCUGUUACCGGCUCUAUUGAUGGCAGCCGUGCCAACGAUGAAGGUCUUCUGACCAUCAGCCUCUCCUCAGACGAAGAUGAUCUUACAAUGCACCAUGUGGAGGACGAGAUGUUUGAGGGCGACGCCGCGAUGGGCCUGGGCCCUCCCAGCCCGUAUGAGAGAAGGUCUGACAAGUUCAAGCGCAACAGCCUGAAGAAGGUAGACAGCCUCAAGAAGGUGUUCUCGCUUCAGAGCAUCGAGAAAAAGAUGACCCGGAUCACCACAGCAAUCGUGCCUCAGGAGCAGCGUGACAGAAUGAAAAAGAGCUUCACCCCUAACCAUCCCAAGAGCCCGACUGCCAGGGCGUCCUCUUUCAAGGUGUCUCCCUUGACCUUUAACGUCAAGAAGGUCCGAGACGGGCCGGUCCCCACACAAGAAUUGGGCUCGACUGAGGAAAAGGUCCAUGUGGAGAUUCCUGCUCUGGGAAGCAUGGAUGGAGAGUUUGUCUUGUCGGAGGAGCACACCCGGGAAGGCGUGGUGGAGCAGAUCCACGAGAUGCUCGGCUCCACCUCCAGCAUCAAGGCAGAGCUGGCAAUCAAUGGAGAGGCACCAAGCUUUGAGUGCAAGAUCAAUGGUGAUCAUGUCGCUGGCCUGGCAGUCGCAGAGGUUGAUGAUGAUGUUGGCGAGGAUGGAGAAGAGGAGGAAGAAGAUAAACAAAAAACCCCUGUAGAGAAAGCAGAAGAAACGCAGAUUCCCACAGCAACAGUUGCUGUCGAGCAAGUCGCUUGAUUGCCAUUAUAUAUAUUUUCUUGCACAAGUUUCUACAUUUAUGAUUACCCAGCAGGCAUAAAUCAUCCCUCCACUGUAAAUAGUCUUAUGUUCUUGUUAUUAACACCCGUAAACACUAGAAAUAUAAAGUAGUCUAUACUUGGACCAUCAACCCUAACCCUAACCCCUUACCACUACCUUAUUACAAGCUUAGUCUAAAACACCUUGAAACAGACUGUUUAAGCAACUAGGUUAACACAUACACCUACAGUGUGUCCGAAUGAAAGUGCUUCCUAAACCCUGUGGGAGGGUUGUCCAAAGAAAGCACCAACGCACCAGUGUACCAUAACUCACUCCCCUUAACAGGUGCCCACCUCCUCAAUAGCAGCACAUCUCCAGGGCACUGGGCCAACCAUCUCCCUGCUGCUCUGUUUGUCUGCCUCUGACGACCAGCCUCUUCAUUCUUUGUGUUUGUUUUUGUAAAAACAGUAAAUCUUCGGCAGCAGCGGUAAUGCCCACAGAAUGUUGAGGCGGUGUGUUGCCAGGUUGUGGAAGCGUUGGAAUGAGAAGUGUCAGGGUUUUCAGUGAGAAGGUUCUGGGGUGUUUUGUUGUGGACUAGAGGUUGUUUACUAAAAUCUUUGGAGCUAUGUACAAAUAUUUAACUAACAGUUGAACUUUAUUAAGUUGAGUGGCGCUGUCUUGUAUCCUGUCCUUCACUUGCGCCCGGAGAAAUACUUCCAUAGUGCAAUCCAAUUGGUCAAUUUCACCUUUAUCAUUUAUGUUCUACCUAACAUACCACAGGAGGUGCAUGUAGGGCUGUAAAGUAUUUUAUUAAUUUGUGAUUGCCAAUUGAGUAUCCUCCAGGUGUAAGACAAAUAGAUGGCAUUUGAAAAAGUCUAAAUGUUUAUGCAAAUCACGUCAA